ACUGUAAACUGUAACUGGGCGGUUCUUCACCAAUAUUGUGCUUCUCAGCCCAGGAAGCUCUGGUUGUGGCCACACACCUGGGCAUACAGGAGGACGGAGAAAACACAGCCGGGAGGAGGAGGUGUCGGGGAACCGUUGCCAUGCCACUGACUGGGAGGAGCAAAGAUCAGAGAGGUGGAGAUCAGAGAGUAAACAGCGAGCCCGUAGUUAGGGGGUUGUCGUUCAGGUCGUAUUUCACUAGCUCUCCUUCUGUUUGUAAUCCAAACCUCACAAUCCAGCGUGUUCUCACAGAGGAACGGCCACUAGCCCGAGGCGAAACGCUGAGCUGUGUCCAACACAGCAAGGGUGUGCUCCAAACAAGUGAGCAGGUGAGCACAUGGGUUUCCGGGUGAGUGAAGCGCUCUGAACUGUCCACCACGGCCAGCACGGUGAUCACCUGUACCUUCAGGAUUCGAAGAACCAGGAAGAGAACAGAGGAAGCGAGCUGAAGCUUUAACCAUUCGCUCGCUGAAGUGUGACGUCUUCUUUCAGGUGAUACCCAGGUUGACUCAUGGAAAGACGUGACCAGGAGGAGGACUUUGAACCUGACGUUUGAGGAUCUGACAGCUUGGAAAAGCAGGCUGAACGCUAAACACCUCCAGGACCUUUUAUUUAAUAUUCCUUUUCCUUAAACUUUGGUCAGCCGGACUUUCCGCUAGGGACUACACCCAGAUCCAGGCUGAGCCGUGUGGUUUGGCCGUAUCGGGAUUCCUUUUUUCCACUCGGAGUGCAGUGAAGAGAUCAGUAGGGAAGACCAGCCUGCUAGUCCUCUUCUUCCAUUCAUACACCUUCUGGGAUUUUCCCUUUGUGCCGGGAACUCCGAGAUGCAUCCUAGGAUAAAGGUAAUGGAUAGAAGGCAUCUGUGUCUAAGAAAGGUAUCUGUGCCGUACCUAUAACGGGCCGAAACGGGCAAGCGAAGUGUGUCGGAUUAUCGUGCAGCUCUUCGGGAUAUUCCGAAUAUUUCGAGAACGUCUCGGUCGGGACCUCGGCGUGCUUUACACCCCAGGAUCUAAAAGCCCGAAAAAGUGUCUUUCCCCUUUGAAGACUGACCGUGCAGCUGUGAGGUCAGGUGACCCCUGUGUACAUUUCAGGUCUUGACCCUGCUUAACCCUUCCUUCCAUCUCGCGUCCCUCCCCCCCAUUGUGGAGCAUGAGGAAGAAGAAGCACUCGGACUCUCUGGGCAGGGAGAGGGACAAGAAGGAAAAGGCUACCUCGGUCACUCGCGCCCUCAGCUGGCUCAGCGGAUCCUCGCUCUCGCUCUCGCGCCAGACCCGCAAACUGUUCCGCAGCCACAACGACCUCAACACACUCUCGCACACAGCACACCGAGACCGAGAGAAGGACGACGACGAUGAUGAUGAUGACGAUUGGGUGUAUGAUCCCCAGCACUACCUAGCCGUGUCUAAUCUGGACGAGGAGAGUAAGUGGACAGUUCACUACACGGCACCGUGGCACCAGCAGGAGAAUGUGUUCCUGCCUGCAUCCAGACCGGCCUGUGUGGAAGAGCUGCACCGUCAAGCUAAAGUCAACCUCAAAACAUCGCUCAGAGAUUGUGAUAAGCUGAGGAAGGAUGGCUUCCGCAGUUCCCAGUACUACUCGCAGGGCCCCACCUUCUCAGGCUCAGGCCACUCCCGCAACAGCCAACUGGAGGACGAGGAUGAGGAUGAUGUUGAUGAUAAGUCGACUGCCUCGUCUGCAGAAGAGUACAAGAGCUCCGGUGCAAUGAGGGCACACACUGCUUUAAAAGCUGAGGAGGCUGAGGUGGAUGGGCAGGAGGUAUGCUUCACGCCCUUACCCACUCCUGAGGAAAAGAUGAGACAACAAGCUCAAGCUAUUCUGACUGACAUUGUCCCCAUCAACGUCACAGGGCAGACGUUUGACCGUCAGGCCAGCGUCCGUCGCUCCCUAAUAAACACAGACACUCUGGCCCGUCGGCCCAAGAAGGUCAAACGGAGAAAGACUAUAUCAGGUUUGCCUGACAACGUUCAGCAGGAACUAGCUAAAGGACGAGGAGGGGAGCUCCGACCACAGUCCAUGUUUAUUCCUGGACAGUAUUCCACACUGGAACGUUCUGCCAGUGUGUGUUCUACGCUGAGGCACUCCGAGACGAGGGAUUCUGGCUGCCAGACCGAAGAGGUAAAAAUCGUUCCACCAUCUGUGAGGAGGAUCCGAGCACAGAGAGGCCAAGGAAUCGCUGCUCAGAUGUCUGGCAUGUCUACAUCCGCCACCAAUAUAGCUACAGGUCCACACGACCAUUCCCCUGGAUCUCCUGUGCAUGUCAUGGGUCCUCGAUUUAAUGGUGAUCCCCAACGCUUCCAUAGCUUGCCACGGGGUGCACGGGUUUCUCUGAAUGCAGAGCUCCUGAACAGAAGUACUUCGUGUAGGCCAGAGAAUAGUGCUGGACCACCACCUCGGCAGAUUGGAAAGUUCCAAGUUGAUGAGACUGCAAUUCACAUGAGGAACGCCCCGAGGACUAGCACUUCAGCCCGCCCGAAAUCCCAGGAGGUAAGGGGAUCACAUGGGGACUGGGGGACUGCCUGUGUGGUUUCCCCCCUUGCAGCAUACUCAACAUCACUCAUCCCAAAUGCAACGUUGCCAUGUUCGGCUGAGGUGAUUGCCCUUCACGCUAGGUCUAGCCCAGGGCAGCAACUGCAUUCAAGGCCACUCAGGAUGUCCUCGAGUGUCAACGGAGAAAGCUCCACCAGUGUGGCCACCAGUGCUGAGACGGACAUGCAGGAAGCUGCUCAGUCCAAUAGCAGCUUAAAUAGCCAAAGUACAAUCGCUGCAGGAACAGCAUUAUCAGAUGAGCAGUGGAUUUAUGACACCCCUGAGAAUGUGUCGCCCAGAAGACCACUCACUUCCAGCUGCUCCACUCCCAUCAAUCAUCUCUACAACAGCUUGGAGCGCUCCUCUAAAGGUACAGACUCCAGUUCACUCUUCUCCAUGGACAAUGAUGGUUAUUACACCUCCAUGCAUUUGGACUCAGGUCUGAGGCCAAAAGGACAUAGCAUCGCAGGCAGGGCAGCACGGCAUAGUAUGUACGAGUGCAUUGGCCAGCCAGGAGACUGUAGCAGCGUUUCUAGUGAUCAGUCACUGUCCCGAUCUAUUUCCCUUCGUAAGUCUAAGAAGCCACCCCUCCCUCCAGCACGCACAGACUCGCUGCAGCGUAAACCUAAGAAUAAAAAUGCCGUUAAUGCUAGCAAUGGCUCAGUUCUUAACGAGUCACUGAUCGCUACGCUUCAGCAGUCCCUGCAGAAUGGGUUGAAAGGGAAAGGGUCUUUGACCUCACCAUCUCAAAGCCCUUGCAGUGACUACGAGGACCCCUGGAUGUUGCGGCCUAGGAGCCAGAGCAGUUUAAGUGCAGGCAGUAGCGGUGUGUCGGCCGCAGGGGUGGGUAACGUUUAUUCCAUCUGUCAUGUCACACCAUUGCACAGUGACACCAGCAGCCUGCGUUCUGACUACGCAGAGUCUUGGGGCUAUUACAUGGAUUACCCUCGUCUGCAGAGCGAUCAGGCACAGUCACCAGUACAUACUAACUCGGUGUCUAAUGGAGGACAGCCAGGUAUUAUGCCAAAUGGACAACAUAUCCACAAUGAUAUUCAGACAACCCUUCCUCCUGCUAAGGGGAAUAUGUCAGCAAAGCCUCAGGUAAACACAUCGUCACCAGACAGGGUGCAUCGUUUAACCUCCCCUUCAAGUGGAUAUUCGAGUCAGUCCAACACCCCAACGGCUGGUACCCCUGUUCCCUCUUUCAUGAGGUCCAUGUCACCUUCUGGUUGUAAGCCCAAGCCACGUGUGCCUGAAAGGAAGUCCUCUUUGCUCUCCUCAGUGUCCAUCUCCUCUUCUUCAACAUCUUUAUCCUCGAACACUUCAGAUUCUGUUAGGAACAACAUCACCCCUCUACCUCCGCCACUGCAUCAUUCAACACUGUCCCUUUCACCACUCAGCCCUGAACCUUUCCCUCCACCUCUUCCUCCCUGCAGUCCUGUGUGCACUCCAAGUGGAACCUUUCCACCUCCACCUGCUCCUCCUUUACCCAGCACCCCACAGCACGAAGUAUCCUUGAGCCCCCUCUCUAUAAAUUCCUCUCCAGAAUUUCCCCCUCCUCCUCCUCCAGAGGUAUUGAAUGACCCCAGCAUGCUACAAAAUGGAUCUUUUAGCCCCACUCUUCAUCCACCCCUGCCUCCACCACCUCCCCUGUUUCCUCCCACCGUAAAUGCUCACAUUCCCCCCCAACAACCCCCAUCCUUGCCCACCUUGACUCCAAUUAUACCUUCUUCUGCAAGCUUAAAGGGAAUUAAAGAUAGACUCAAACCGGUGAAAUCGGAGAGAAAGUCAGUUCCCGUUCGCUCUGAAGAGGUCGGCAAGUCUGCCAUGCCACUAAUAACCCCAUUCGCCCUCCAAAGUGUGCAGCUUCGGUCAGUCAAACAACCAGAGGGUAUUGAGGACAGCAGUAAAUGUCAAGAGGUGGAAACUGAACAGCCUACUACUACUAGGCCUGGCACAACAGAUACACGUAAAAAGUCACACCACCUGACUGUUUUGCCCCAGGCUUCCUGCCCUACUGCUGAAAGAAAUGGAACAUUACAAUCUCCAUCAUCAGAGAAUAUAAUCACCGAAGACAAAAAACAAGUAGAAAUACCACUUUAUAAGACAAAAUCAUUAGAAGAAAUGCCCUAUGAGGCCACUAAUUACCCUUCAAGCGAUUUCAUGAGCCAUAAAGCCGAGGUGGAUGGUACAGAGAGGGAGAGAACACCACAAAACACCACGCCCAAGAAAAAACCUCCCGUGUUCGCCAAGAAGCCCAAAUUUCCCAUCGUCUUUGCAGUCGAACCCGAGCUUAUCGUAGAGGACAAGCAGACACUGGCCGACGAGCAGGAUUCCUCUCCUCAAGUGUUUUCAAACGUUAAACAAGACGCGACCAUUCAUGAACCAAACCCAGAAGUUCAGGAAUCCCUGUCUGUGGAGGAGAUCGAGAAGAACGAUGACAAACCUCCCACUGAGAUUUUCACGUUUGAAAGUAGCCCGUGUCCAACUGAUGGUCAGGUUGAGGAACACUCCCAGACUCCCAUCAUUCAGGACGCAUCCGUGUCUGUUGAUGAUGCAAGGAGCACUUCAGACGGAGAAGAGGAAGAAAACGGAGAAGAUGAUGAAGACGCGUUAAGUAGCACUGCAGGAUCAGACUGCUCCAAAGACGACGGCGACGUGUUCGAGUCCAGCGCAUCAGACUCCCCGCAGACUCCCGGCAUUAACGGUGACGUCGUCGAAGACAUGGUGACUCCCACGCGGCCCCGUACCACGGAGGACCUCUUCGCAGUCAUUCACAGGUCCAAGCGAAAGGUCCUGGGUCGUAGGGAGUCUGAGGACGAGCGGGUGCGAGGUCAGUCGUCUCCUCCAGUCACACCGACGGGACCAACUCCUUCCCUCAGCUCGACUCUGCCUCGUCAGACGGGUUCUAUCCAGCGCAGCCUGCGCAAAUCAGCCACCAGCAGUGACACCUUUAAGGCGCUGCUGCUGAAGAAGGGCAGCCGCUCAGAAGGCAGCUUUCGCAUGUCCGCUACCGAGAUGCUCCGCACAACCGACCCACGAUUCCAGAGGACUCGAUCUCUCGAGACCUCUCUGGAUCCGACUUCACCUGCAACGGGCCUGGAUAGCCCCUGCGCUUCCCCUGGUCGCUGCAAGAGGGUGCCAGACGACUGGCCCCGGAAUGAGUCCACACUGCCACGUUACUCUCCGUGUUCCCCCUUGUCCCCUUCCUCCGGGCUCGGGCCGAAGUACGGCCGAUCCCGCACACCACCCUCUGCUGCCAGCAGCAAGUACAAUUCCCGGAGUCGAAUCCUGAGCAGCCCCAUGACCGUCAUCUGUGAGAGGGAGGGAGAGCUAACUGAGAGUGGAGAGGGGCUGGAUGAACCAUGUCCCGUUUCCUCCACCCCAAUCCCUCAAGACUCGAAUGGCACUUUAUGUGACGGGGAGACUUAAGAUGAAAAUGACUGUUUUUUUUUUUUCCCCCUUCCCCCCGAGCCACAAGGUGCCUCCUUCAGACUGAAGUAGUGUCUGAAGUAGAUCCCGUUUCUGUUCCUGCUGUCCAUCCGUGAACGUGCUUUCCUUUACAGUAGUACACUUAUUUCCUGAAAACUUCUUUUUUUUUUUGGUUCUUUUUGAUUUCCAUUAUUCACCUCAUGAACUUUGUAUUGGGAAUGUGGAAUAAGGACCGAUUUACAAACGAUCAGAGAUGAAGGAUUUGCAAAGCAAGUCAUCCCUUUGACCAGCGGAUAGAUCGGCUUUGCUUUGUGGAACGCUCAGUGUUCUCGACGUUGUAGUCCCAGUCCAUAUAUCUGCAGUAAUGAACCCGAACUGACUGCUGGACACUUUGUUUGGAAAUUUAUGGCGAAUCUCAACCCGACAGUCAUGAACUUUGGAAGCCGUCACUGGGUGUGGGGAAAGUGACCGAGGCCAACACGAAGGACUGCUGAGACGCAGGCUGAGGCUCCAGAAGAAGCUUUUCUGUUGGAUUUGUAGUGUGUAGGUUUGCACUGUGUUCAUGUGUUUUUGUUUAUUUGUUUAUUGGUCAUUUAAAAUGUUCUGCCUGUGUUCUGAUGACUUUUUCCACACAAAGAGAAAAUCUACUUGAAGCGAGUAACAUCUGUUUGUGACGGUUUAGUUAACCAAAGAGUUUAAAGUAUAAACGUAAUUGUCGCCUGCUGUAGGGACUCGGGGUAGCUCAGGCGUUUACUGUACUGGGAGCAAUAACGGUUCUUCUGUAAAGCAUUGCUAAAGACUAGCCUUUACAUUUCUUAUUUACUAACUCCUCUUACAUAAAAUCUCGUGCAGUUUUAUACUGGGUUUUUUUUUUUUUUGUAUAUAAACAAAAAUAUUAAGAAAUAACAUCUGGAUUUAUUUUCAAAGAAUUUGUACACCCUUAUUAGAGGACGUGGCUUUCUUUUUGUAGAGUAUUUAUUUUAGAUUAGCCAGAAUGUGAUGUGAUUUAUUUGUGAGGGAUUUUUACACGUUUGCAGCUCAGUUUCUAAUUAUUUAGAAAGAAUGACAUCGCUGUUUCGGACUCGUGAGCCGAGUCUGAUUUCGAGGCCUUUAUGAAGUCUCCUUCUUGUCCUUUUGAUCCAGAAAACCAAAAACACGGUGAGAGAAAGAAGGCUGCUAACCCUCUUGUGUAUGUCUCGCUAAUAAAUAAAUAAAAAAGUUGAUAAAAUGGCUCCUCUCUGUGUUUGAUUCACUGCCACCUGUCACCCGUCAGAAAAACCCACACUCGUUACAGGCGUCGCCAUGGCACCCUGGGCUGUUAGUCAUUUCUAAAGGUUUCAGGUGAGGUCAGCGCUUAUUGCUCCAUCUCUGCUCUCCAUCACAGUCCAGAAGACAGCGAGUCCUGUUGAUUGUUAAGUCUUCAUAAAUGUAAUAAUUUUACCCCUGUAUAAAUAAUUUAAAGAAGAAAAAAAAACAAGAAAGACUUUCACAACUCUCCCGGAUACUCAUGGUUUUGUGAUGCUCGGCCACAGGAACAAUAGAUCGCGGUGGUACUUUGGCUCGGCCUCGGCACUCAGCAUAAUCGAGUUUGCGCAUGAAUAUGAUCUUCAGGCAACACUUGCCUCGAAAACAAACCUGAUGACGCUGCAGCUGUGCUCGUGUUCGUCACACGUUCAGCUAAAAAUCAUCCAUACUGAGAGAGCUCGUUCGUGUAGAACAGCGAUAUUUAUUACAGAAAGCGUACGUGUUACAUCUGAGAUUCAAAAUCCUCCAUUGUUGUAGUGGAAUCAGUGUGAUAUCAUUUUACAUUUAAUUAAUCAAUCAUAAACUGAAAAUUUCAUUGAUAAAAUUAGGAUUAAAUCUUUGUGUGCACUCUCUUAGUACUUAAGGGUUAGUUCACCCAAUGAAAAUGAACAUUGUCAUCGCUCCCUCACGCUCACGUCCUUCCAAACCCUAAGUGAAGACAUUUUUAAUGAAACCUGCGAGAUUUCUGUCCCUCCAUUUACAGUCCAAGUAACCAAAAAGUUCAUAAAGGCAUCGUAAAAGUAAUCCAUGUGACUCCAGUGG